AUGUCGAAGAUCUUCGAUUCCGUCACAACAUCCGUAGAGUCGUCGAGAACCCCGCUCCGAGGGCUAUGGAAGCCGACCCAUCUCCAACGACUUUACUAUGGCCCAAACACGGUCAAGGACUAUCUCCUGGAAUGUCUGCCCACCGAAUCGUCCCGAGCCUUCGUCCUGACAGGCAGUUCGCUGGCAAACAAGACGUCUUUGAUAAAGCAGGUUGAAGAGCAGCUUGGGUCAAGGCAUGCGAGCACCUUCAGCAAGAUCGGUCAGCAUGCACCUGUCAAAGAGUUAGACGAGGCGACAGAACUGGUGUUGAAAGAUGAGAACAUUGACACAAUUAUAAGUGUUGGCGGAGGUUCUCCUAUCGACUCAGCGAAGGCGAUUUCAUAUCGUCUGAGCGAGAAGAAGAAGGGCAAGUUCUUGCAUCACAUCACGAUUCCAACUACUCUUAGUGCAGCUGAAUGCACGCUGGGUGCUGGCUAUACCAACGAGGAAGGAAUGAAAACAGGUGUUGCGCACCCUGAGUUAGCUCCACAUGUCAUUCUUUACGACCCCAAGUUCGCGCUCGAUACGCCUGAAUGGCUCUUCAUGAGCACUGGCCUACGCUCGAUGGACCACGCCAUGGAGCUCAUGUACCAUCCAACCUCGACCGAAAUGCCAUGUCGCCAGAUGGCUCUAUAUGCAGCUGGAGAGCUUUUCACCAACCUGCGCAAGUACAAGCAGAACCCCAAGGAUGAAGAUGUCAUUACUAGACUCCAGCUGGCUGCGUUCGCAUCACUUGGUUUCCUGGCUUUGAAUAUCAAAGGCGCCCUUGGCCUUUCGCAUGCCUUGGGGUAUGCCCUAGGUUCACCUUACCAGAUUCCACACGGAAUUACUUCAUGUUUGACGCUUGGACAUGUGGUCAAGUUGAAGGCUGAAAGCUCGAAAGAAGACGCCGAGCAACUCGCGCGCAUGGCGCCUUAUAUUGGUUUGACCAAGAGUGGCGACGACACGAAGGAUGGGGUUGCUGUUGGCGAUGCCGUCUUAAAACUCGUAGAAGACUUGGGCUUGAAGACGACCUUGACCGAGAAGGGUGUUGGGAAGGACCAGGUUCCGAUCAUCACCAAGUUGGCCACCAGACAGGAGUCCGGGCCUGUAUUUGAUCGUGUGAAGCAGCUCGUGGAAGGUUUGUAUUGA